AUGGCGCCCACGCGCUAUUCCCUCUCCAUCAAACCCCCCGACCGCGCCGCGGAAGAUGGAUCGGCGGAAGCCCCCCCGCGGAGAAGCAGCCUCAGCAGCAACUUCACCCCCGGGGGAAUCGGAACCGCAGCUGGCGGAGCACCCGCUGGCGCAGCAGGCGGAGCGCGGGGGUCGGGGGGGCCGGGCAGAGGGCACUAUGACGCCGGGCCUUGGGCUAUUCGCGUUCCCAGUCAGGAUGCGGACGUGCGAAGCUUCCAGGAAGCAGGCAGGGAUCCGUGGAGUUACGCAGCAGGAGACGGCGCGGGGAGGCUGGGUGGUGGUGAUGCCAGUUACGGCGCGGGGGGGGGAGGGGGGGGAGUGAGCGGGGAAGGUGGACUUGGAGGAGGUGGACCCGGGGGAGGUGCAUCUGGAUCAAGAUUCGGGUUUGAGGGCGGCAGGAUCCAGCGGAGAUUCUCUCUUUCCACCCCGCGGGAGAUCGCCAGGCUGGCGCAUGCUACGAGCGGCAGCGCCAGUGUCACCAGUGGGCCGGAGAGGCAUGGGUUACAGGCUCACCCGCCACAGGUGCAGGCGCAGGUGCAGCAGCUGCUGUACCCGCUUCACCAGCACCUAACCCAGUUGCAGCAGCAACAGCAGCAGCAGCAGCAGCAACUGCAACAGCAACAGCAGCAACAGCAGCAGCUGCAAGGAAUGAAUAUGCCAGGCACACCCCGUCGUCCCACUUUCUACCGAGGCCUCUCCUCAUCCUACGAGGAGGCCGCCCAAGAUGCAAUCGCAGCCGUCCAAGCUGCGCAGGCAGCAGCAGCCGCCGCGUCAGCCAACGGGCCUUCCAAUUCCGGCUCUUUUUCCACUGUUGGUUCGGGCAGUUUCAACAAUUCCAUGGGUAAUUUCCUCCGGCAGCCAACUACCCCUCGGUCGAUACCACCCUCUCAGUCUUCCACCCGGGUUGAGCGGCUGCUGAGGGAGAGGCAGAUGAGGCGCAGCACGAGUUUCCUCCAGUUCGACGUGGACUCUGUGGACGGGCGGAUAAUGACGCCACGUGGCAUUGCCACGUCACACGGCAGUGCUGGGUCAAUAGCAGGAGCUCCUGGAGCAACAGGAGGUGCACCGGGAAUGGGCGCAGGGGGGGGAGCAGGAGGGGGAGGAGGGGGAGGAGGGGGGGGAGCAGGAGGGGGGCCAGGCGCAGCGUGGGUGCCAGGGCGAGCGCCCAUGAUUGGCCGAGCCAGCACGGCCUCCCGAGGCAACUUCGCGUUUGGCUCGGCCGCCCAAGGCACCAGGUCCGGGCCGCUAGCCCCGGUAAACCUGAUGAUAGGUCCGGACAGCCGGAACUCCAGCUAUGACAAUCUGGCUGCUGCUGCCGCCGCUCACACCCCCCACAGCUCCUCCAUUCCCACUCCCUACACCUCCACACCACCCCGUCUCCCCUCUGCCGUCCCCUCACCAUACCCUCUCUCUUCAUCCCCCCAUAUGGCCUCAUCACCAGCUAUCCCACGUCCGUUGGGCUCCACGCCUCGCCUGUCCUCCUCCCUCACAGCUUACCCGGGGUUCAGGGGUGGGGGCGCCAUGCCGCGUGUGCAGAGCAGUGGGGAGCUCACUGCUGCAGCGGCACAGGCGUCAGGUUUGACGGAUAGGAUUCCUGAAGAGGGAAUGGGAGCGGGGGAGGUGGGAGGGGGGAGUGCGAGUCCGGGGGUGACUGUGCUGCCAGGGGUGGCUGGGAUUCCGGGUCCGGGAGUGGCUGUUCCGGGGGGUAUGGGAGCAGGGGGAGCAGGGCCGGCUGUAGCGAGGCCGGCUGUAGCGGGGGCGGAUGUAGCUGGGCCGGCUGUAGCAGGGUCGCCUGUAGCAGGGCCGGCUGUAGCAUCACCACAGCAUAGGAUGGGCGCCGCCCAGCAGCGCAUGCAGCGGCUGCUGAUAGUGGCCAACCGCCUGCCCGUGCGGGCCAGCCUGCAGCCCGACGGCACGUGGGCUCUGGAGCUGUCUGCUGGGGGGCUUGUGAGCGCGCUGCUAGGAGUGAAGCAGAACUUUGAGACGUGCUGGAUUGGGUGGCCGGGGCUGUACCUGCACUCGCCGGCAGACCAGCAGCAGCUUCACGACGCCCUGCAGGCCAAGGGCUGUGUACCCGUCUUCCUAGACGAGAAUACAAUGAACGCGUACUACAACGGGUACUGCAACAACGUGCUAUGGCCGCUGCUGCACUACAUCGGCCUGCCCCAGGAGGACCGCCUCUCCGCCACGCGCUCCAUCCAGGGCCAGUACGGCGCCUACCGCUCCGCCAAUCACAGCUUUGCUGACGUGGUCAUGGCCCAGUACCGCCAGGGGGACAUCGUGUGGGUGCAUGACUAUCACCUCAUGCUGCUGCCUCAGUACCUCAAGGCCCGCAGCCCCAACAUGAAGGUGGGGUGGUUCCUGCACACGCCCUUCCCCUCCAGCGAGUUCUUCCGAGCGCUGCCCCUCCGAGAGGAGAUCCUGCAGGCCGUGCUCGCUGCUGACCUCAUUGGCUUCCACACGUAUGACUACGGGCGGCACUUUGUGAGUGCGUGUGCGCGCAUUCUCGGGCUGGAGGGCACGCCAGAGGGGGUGGAGGACCACGGCAGGCUCACACGCGUUGCUGCGUUCCCGAUUGGCAUAGACCCAGAGCGGUUCAUCUCAGCCCUGGAGAGCAACGUGGUCAAGACACACAUCGCGGAGCUGCGAGCGCGAUUCUCCGGCCGCAAGGUGAUGCUGGGCGUGGAUCGGCUGGACAUGAUAAAGGGCAUACCGCAGAAGCUGAUCGCGUUUGAGAAGUUUCUCGAGGAGCACCCCGACUGGCGCAACAAGGUCCUCCUCGUGCAGAUCGCCGUGCCCUCCCGCACUGACGUGCCCGAGUACCAGAAGCUGACCAGUCUGGUGCAUGAGAUUGUGGGGCGAAUCAACGGUCGAUUUGGCACCCUCACCACCGUGCCCAUCCAUCACUUGGACCGCUCACUGGCAUUCCACGAGCUGUGCGCGCUCUACGCCAUAACGGAUGUGCUGCUGGUGACGUCGCUGCGGGACGGUAUGAACCUGGUCAGCUACGAGUACGUGGCGUGCCAGAACUACAAGAAGGGUGUGCUCAUCCUCAGCGAGUUUGCAGGCGCAGCACAAUCACUUGGGGCGGGGGCGCUGCUGGUGAAUCCAUGGAACAUAACGGACAUGUCGAGCGCCAUCGAGGACGCUCUCACGAUGGGCGAGGAGGAGCGCGUGGACCGCCACCGAUACAACUUCCUACAUGUCACCACGCACACCGCGCAGGCCUGGGCGGACACUUUUGUCAGCGAGCUGAAUGACACGGUGGUGGAGGCGCAGCUGCGCACACUGCACAUCCCCCCACUGCUGCCUGUGGCCCAGUGUGUCGACCGCUUUCACCAGUGCCGCAACCGCCUCCUCAUCCUCGGCUACAACGGCACGCUGACAGCCCAGGUGGAGCCACACAGGCGACGCACUCCUGACCAAAUCAAGGAGAUGAAGGUGCGUCUGCAUCCCAUAAUGCCGGCUGCGCUGCGCCGUCUCUCCUCCGACCCGGCCAACACGAUUGUCAUAAUGAGUGGGUCAGAGCGUGCCGUGCUGGACGAGGCAUUCAGCGAGUACGACGUGUGGCUGGCGGCUGAGAACGGCAUGUUCAUGCGGCACACGAGAGGGGAGUGGAUGACAACGAUGCCCGAACACCUCAACAUGGACUGGCUUGAUUCUGUUCAGUUGGUGUUUGAGUAUUUCACGGAGCGCACGCCGCGGUCAUACGUGGAGGAGAGGGAGACGUCGCUGGUGUGGAACUACAAGUAUGCCGACGUGGAGUUUGGCCGCGUGCAGGCCCGGGACAUGCUGCAGCACCUAUGGACGGGACCGAUUUCAAACACUGCAGUGGACGUGGUGCAGGGUGGAAAGUCAGUGGAGGUGCGGCCGGUGGGGGUGAGCAAGGGAGCGGCCAUGGAGAGGGUGUUGGGGGAGAUAGUGCAUCAGAAGCCGCUGCCGUGCCCCUUUGACUUCGUCAUGACCGUCGGCCACUUCCUCUCACGGGACGAGGACAUAUACCAGUUCUUUGAGCCAGACCUGCCGCAUGACAACAACAUGCCGCCUGGCAUGGACGGUUACCAGCAGAGCAUGGACGGCACCAUGGGUCCCAUGGAUGGUAACUGCGGUGUAUCCAUGGAUGGUAACAUGGUAGCCAUGGGUCAUGCGUCUUUGGACGGGGCAGUCAUGGAUCAAGUCACGAGGGAUCAUAUCACGGCUCUUGAGCAUGCUGAUUCAUACCUUCCAGAGUAUUACACUACCAGCCCUACCACCACGUUCGAUACAAGCACAACCGCUACAAGCACUCUCACCGCUGCUCAUGACCGCUCCAAUCCUCCUCCUGACACCAAGCCUCCCACGGGCCUGCCUCCCGCACCUCCUCCGAGCGUUCCUGGUCCUGACAGCCUGGGCUCGGCGCCGCUGCCUAUGUUUGCCGGACCAGGAUACGGCAGCCCCGUGCCGCAGUCAGCGGCUCGGGGGGGAGGUUCGGGGCCGCUGGUGGCACGUGUGAUUUUUGGGGAUUCGCAUAGCAGAAUCCAAAUGGAGGGUGGGGGAAGACACCCGGGGAGGGAUGGUGCUGCCUCCCCUGCCGCCGCUGCUGCUGCUGCCACCGCUGCUGCUGCUGCUGCUGCUGCUGCUGCUGCUGCUGCUGCUGCUGCUGCUGCUGCUGCUACCUCAGCAGCUGCCACUGGUGCUUCGGUUGCUGCUGGUCCUAGCUCACCCUCUCCCUCUUUCUCUGCUGCUGCUGCGCUCUCUGACGCCGGCCCACGACCCCACACUCCCGACUCUGUCACAGCACGCAGCAGCCGGCUCAAGGCCGAGUCGCGGGGUGGAGGGAGCACCGAUGGAGAUGCAGUAGGGUCGGAGGGAAGAGCAGCACUAGCCGGGGCAGGGGCUGGUGGGGUGGGUGGGAGUAGUAGUGGGAGGAUCCGAGGGGGAGGGCUGGGAGGGUUCCGGUGGAAAGGGAGCAAGAAGUCUGAGAAGAAAUCUGCCUUCUCCUUCUCCUCGCCGUCACUGGUCAGUCUUCUCGGGUCAGCUCUGGAAGGCGCCACGGGCAGCCCGAGAAAAACCGGCAUGGGGCGAAGCAGCAGUGGCGGGAGGGGGGAGGCGGAGCUAUGUUCCCCAGCUGCAAGCAAUGCUGCUGGUGCUCAGGGCGUGGGGAACGGGAGUGGAAGGCGAGAGGAAGCAAAUGGAGCGGAGGCGGGAGAGAGAUUGCUUGCGCCGAUCACUGGGUUUUCCAACCUGUCGAGCUUUUCAAGUCAUUCUGGGACAACUGGCGUUUCAGAGGAGUCAGGGUUUUCUACACAGGAGAGCUCGUCAAUGCUUCCAACUGUGUUGGACUCUGAGGAGGAUGGGCAUGGGGAGGAAAUAAGCCAUCGCAGCAGUGGGGAUUACUGCCCGAUUGUCGAUCUCACCGCCGAUUCUUACUUUUCAUGUGCUGUGGGGCGCAAGCGGUCUUUGGCGCGAUACUCUCUUGCAACCACUGAUGAUGUGGGGUUCUCGCCCAGGGACCCGGCUAUGGUGGAGGCAGGGGCGGCGGAGGGCGCGGAGGACCGGGAUUUCGGGGGGGGCGCGGAGGAGGCAGGGGCGGGCCUGGACGGGGACCCGGUGGGGGCCUCGGGCUGGGCCCUGGCGCCGCUCUGGGCACGUUCUACGGCCACGAACAACACCGACUACAACGUCCGUUACGUGCUGAGGAUCGGCGGCCUCCCAACCCCAGGUCUUCCUACCGCUGCCGCCGUCCUGAAUAACGACAACACUGUACUCGAUUUCCCGGAUGCCACGUGGACCAACACCACUGGCCAGCAGCCCUAUGGCUACGGCUGGAGGAGGCGCAACCGUGCAUGGGUCGGUGGUGUGUGUUUCCGUUACAAUGCUACUGGGGUUUACUACAACGCGAACACGAAGACCACUGAUGGCGACAAGACGAUUGGGUCUAUUGCUGUGGCCAUGGUUGCCGCUCCUGCAGCUUAUAGUGGCCGUAUCACUGCUCCUGGUGGCGUUGCUGCUGGCAAGUUCCACACUUGGCGUUAG